GAUAGUAAUAAUAAAAGCCGUUGGAGUCGUUCUAUGUUGGAUUAUAUAUAUAUAUUGUGGAUAGUUACAUAUUGUCUCUAUGAUAUCACUCAAGUGAUCUGUUAUUAUUAUUUAUUUGUUUCUUCGGGGGAGGGAAUUUUCAUCGUAUUCGGAUAUACUAUUUUUUUCUUAAAAGGAAAAUAAAAAGAGGAAAACUAACUCAAUUUAAUUAAUAAUCAUUAAUUACAAUUUGCUUUGGUUAAUUCCAGACGUUUAAACGGACACACUAAAGCGAACAUCCUUUAUUUACAUGAUCUAAUCCAUAAGUGGUUUCUAUGUAAUAUACAAUUAAAUACCUUUAAUUUGUCAAGUUUACUUUAUUUGAAAAUAUACAAAUUAUAUUUGGAUUUGACAUUACAUAAUUGGAUUUAUCAUUAAGAUUAUCAUUCGGUUCGUGAAGUAUAUGUAUAAUUCAUAUAUCAGCAACAUUAUCCAGAUCCAUUAUAUAAUAGUUCCAUUGAAACAAAUGCCAAUAAAAGAUAAUCGAUUGUGGAUCAUUUCAGUUUAUUGAACCUUACACACACACACACACACACACACAUACACACAUACAUACAUAAAUAGAAGAAAUGAAAGUUAAAAACAAACGUCCAUAUAACAGGUCAGAGACGUGUACACGAAGUAGUGCUAAUAGUAAUACAAUUUCUGGGACUAAUCCUGUAUCAACAUACAUUCCUAACAAAUUAAAUGAACAAUUAGAUCAAUCAGAUGAUAAUAAUAAUAAUAACAAUUAUCCUACAUUAACAGAUAGUUCAUUAAAUAAUAAUGAGAAUAUGAACAAAAGUCAUAAAAAAACUUGUAAUUCAACAACGAAAAAUACUAAAACACGUCAUAAAUCAAGUAAACAUACAAAUUCCUCUUGUUCAUCAUCAUCAUCACCUUCUAUUUCAAAUAAUGCUAAUAGUACUGUAACACAAGUAACUGGAACAUCAUUGAAAAUUACACAUCGUGGUGGACGUACACAUGUAUCAUCUAUAAAUCCCAUUACUACUACUACUAAUACUACUAAUACUACUACUAUUAAUACUACUAAUAAUAGUAAUAAUAAUUUAAUCUCGAAUACAAUACGUUUAUCUAAUUCUAAAUCAAAUUGUUGUUCAUCAUCUACAUCGACUUCAUCAUCAAUUAUUUCUAGUGGAACUAAUGAACCAAUUGAUCCAUAUGAAUUUGCUGUAAAAACUGAUGAAUCAAUUAAUCCAUGUGGAUUGAAUGAUAGUUUAAUACCAAUAAAACGAUUAAAAUUAGAUAGAAACGAUGAACGAUGUAGCGCACUGACUACUGAUUCAGCUAGAAGUAGUCCAAUGUUACAUACUACUACAAUCAAUAAUACUAAUCGUAGUGAUAAUUCCUUUAAUCAUUCAAGUCCUGGUCCCAAUUCUUCACCACUUGCUCAGUCCUGUACACGUCCAUUGUCUGUAUUCACUGAUUUCUCUAGUUCGAAUAGUAACAACAAUACUAUUACUACUAAUAAUAAUAACAUUAACGGAAGUGGAAUUACACGCCGUAAAUCAGAUAUUGUAGAUGCUACUCCUGUUAGUACUACUGAUAACAUGAAAAUAAAUUCGUCUACAUCAUCAUCACCUCAUAAUUAUUAUACAACUAGUGAGAUCAAUGCAAAUAUAUCAGUUACAUCAGAUUCAUUGAUGUCAUUCCCGACACAGUCAAAGUUGACUGACACCAGAGCCGAAACUCCGUCUACCAUACCAGCUAGUGACCCUUCAUUAUGUGAUACUACAUCUAAUGUCACUAACUCUGUUGAUAAGAAUAAAAAUGAUAAUAUAUCUAUUAAAAUCUGUCGCAAUAUUGACACUACUAAUGAUAAUAAUCAAACAUUAAGUAGUAUGCACAAUCCUUCAUCUUUUACAUCGAAUGCAAUAUUGAAUAAUUUCGAAAAAAGUCACCCAUCAGAAACAUGGAUUAUUUCACAUUCCCCCACCUCUUCCUCUUUCUCCUCUUCCCAACCACCAUCCCCACCACCACCAUUAGCAAUGACGAUAACAAUGACAACAACGCCAACAACAGUGGUUUCAUCGCAGCUAACAUCGAAUAGCUUGCCCUCUUCAUCAUCAUCAUCAAUACAAUCUUCAGUAAAAUCUCCACUGAUGAUGUCAUCAACUACUACCUCAACAUUGUUACCUGCCACCACCUCCCUUUCUCUCGCCUCCUCUGCAUUGUCAUCCUCAUUAGCGACAACAUCAUUAAUCCCAUCUAGUCAAUUGUAUACGACGUCGUCGACUACUACUACUACUACUAGCAACACGGCGUUUCCAACAAUUCUACCGGAACGACGAUGUACCGGUGUCAAUACUCUACUAGAUAAUUCCAAGGCUACAUUAACUGAACCAGAUUUAUUAGGACCAUGUGAACCGGGCACUACAAUUUGUUUAAAUGGAAUUGUUUGGUUAGAGACUACAACUGGAGUAUUAGUUGUCAAUGUGACAUGGAGAGGUCGAACGUAUAUUGGUACUUUGUUAGAUGCAACACAGCAUGAUUUCGCUCCACCAUGUCCACGAGAUUACGUACCUCCAUUUAAAUCAUCAGUACGAUCUAGUAAUCGUACAAAACGUCGAACUGGAGUUGGAACAAAUUAUAAGUCAAAUUUAACGAAUCAUCUUACAACUAAUGAUUGUAACUGGAAAUCUACUUCAACUGGAAGACAUCGAUUACGUGGUCGAGCUUCAAAUUCACCUGCAGUCAAUAAUAGUAAUGGUAUUGAGACUAUUUCAACAACAAAUCGUUGCAAUACACAUAAUCUAACAAAAAUCGAUACUGAGAAAGAAUUAAUCAAUGAUAAUGCUAUUCAAGAGGAUACUGAUUUAACUCAAUGUCUUCCUCAUGUAUUUGAUGAAGAACAACUAACACGAAGUAGUAAUAGUAGAAAAACUAAGUUACAUAAUAAAAGUCGUAAACUUUUUCGAGGUAGUAGUACAUCAUCAAGCGAUUGUCCAUCGGAAGUUCUACCUGAUCUUGAGAAAUUAUCUGAAAUUGGAGAUUUCACCGGUAAAACUGAUGGAAUACUCUGUGAUCCACAAAAUCCUGAUCAUUCUCGACCACAUACUCCAUUAUGUACAAAUAAUAAUAAUAUGAAUACUAAUAACACUGAUAAUAAUAGUAGUGAUCGUGUUUGUUUUGAAGAAAAUGAUGAAUUACAUGAAACAUUUCCAAUUGGUUGUCCAAUUGAUGGUUGUAAAAAACGUUUCUCACAUGUUCUAGCUUUACGUUUCCAUUUGAAUCAUACAUCACAUUGUAAUUUAUUAGAUUCUCAUAAGAAACGUCCUUCUAGUAUUGAUUUAACGAAACGAGAUUUCACUAAUGCCAGCUCUAUUACAACAACAUCAACAGCUACAAUUACUACCAGUACUAAUGAUAAUAAGAAUAAUAGCAAUGCAGUGAAUUGUAGUUCAACACAUUUGAAGUGUCCACCAACUAUUUCACCAUGUCAACCUUCCAGUUCAUCCCCAUUACCAACAGGAAUAACAACUCCAGAUCUACUGAAUUCAUUUGGUGGACCACUACUGCCAUCAUCAUCAUCAUCAUCAUCGUCAUCGUCGUUGCAGCAUCAGUUAAAGCAAGAAUCCAAUCCAUAUGAUCCACAAUUGCAAAGUUGUCCAGUACCACAAUUAACAUCUGAAUAUAAUCAAGAUAGAAUGUCUAUGCAUGUACAACAAAAUAACAUGCCUACUCAUCAUCCUAAUUAUAAAUUGUAUAAUAAAAAUGAACAGAAAUUAUUUGAUACAAAUAUAUCAAAUGAUUAUAUAAAUGUAAUGAUGAAUACGAAUAAUGAUAAUAAUAGUAGUAUGAAUAAUGUGAUGCAUUCAGUUAGUAAACAACGGAAUAAUGAAAUAAAUAAGCAUUCUGGCAAUAAGAAACGUUUAUCUACAUCCAUGUCAUCUAAUAAUAAUAGUCCAGUUAUUGAUAUCACUUCAUUGAGUAAUUAUAAUGGUAAUAAUGUACGUACAGUAACAGCGCAUACAGUAUCAGUGCCUCAUGGUUCAUUAGACAUUGUUGGCAAUUCAAAUUCUCGAUCUAAUCAACAUCAACAUCAUUAUGGACAACAACAAAACCAUCAAACUAACAAUGGUAAUUUAUUUCACUGCUCUAAGCGAACAACUCCAACAUCAUCGUCAUCAUCAGCUACUCCACGUGAUUUCAGUAGUAAACAUAAAGGAGGACAACAACAACAACAUUUAUCAAAUAAAUUGUCUUAUCAAAAUAUAAAAACCGAUAUUAAUAAUAAUAAUUCUACAGUGAUGAAUUAUUCUCGUUACAGUGGUGGUACUCAUCAUUGUGGUAGUUUAGAGCAACAGUCAAUAAAAAGUGAAUUGAACAAUGAUUAUAUGAUGAAUUUAACAAUGUGUCAUGCUUUAUUGAAUACUACCGCUACUACUACUAUGAGUACAAUGUCAAAAUUGAAGAAUUUAACAGUUAACCAGCAAGAAUUUAAUACAUCACUGUCUAGUAAUAAUAAUAAUAAUAAUAUGAUCCCAUCGUUACUUUUCCAAAAUGCAUGGAAUCUUCAACUGCCGAAUUCGUCUACGUACACACAGUCUAUGCCAUUGUCGUUUAAUAGUAAUAAUAAUAAUAAUCAUAGUAAAGAUGAUGAAUUGAAAUCUACUAUGAAUUCAUUAACUAAUGGUUUACCGUCUUCAUUAUAUCUGCCCACAUAUCCGAAUAUGCCAACAUUUACUUCUUCGGGCAGUGUUGUUAAUAACAGUCCCAUAAACACUAUGCCAUGUUCGUCCACACCGUCAUUAUCCAUGCAUGAAAUGUCCACAAUAUCGCAACCAUUCAAUGAUUCAAAACAAUAUAUUCCGUCUAAUCAUCAUCAUCAUCCACUUGGUACAAGUUUAAAUACUACUCCAAAUCAGAGUGUAGAUCUUAAUAGUACUACUAAUAGUACUAAUAGUAUGUAUUAUGGUAUACCAGACUUUUUAGUUGCUGCUUUAAGUACACUAGCAUCAAAUGCUUCAUCAUAUUCCUGUAUACCGGAACCUUUUAAAUCAUAUUUUAAUCAGAAUUCAUUGAUGAACAAUACUACUAAUCCUACUAGUACUAGUAAUAUGAAUAGUAAUGGUAAUUCUAUAAGUAAAACAAAUAAUUUAUCCUCUUCAAAUAUGUCACUUUCAUCAAAUUCAGGAAUAUUGGAUGGUACAAUGAAUAAUCGAUUUUUUAAUCCACAAUUCUUUCAAAAUUAUGGGACUAAUCUUUCGAAUGUACAAAAUUUUCAAUCAUUUAAUAAUAGUAAUAAUAAUAAUAAUAACAGCGGUAAUCUAACUUUAAAUCCGGAAAGAUUAGAUCCAUUGAAAUUAUCUGCAGCCUACUUGAUGCAGUAUACAAAUCCAAGUGCAACACAAUUAUCAUCCUCCUCCUCCUCAUCAUCAUCAGCUACGGUAACGUCAACUUUCGGGAAUAGUAUAUAACCGUGACAAUAGAAUUCCCUUCAAUCAAUGCUUCUAUUGAUUGUUAUUUCUUUCUUUCUUUUCUUUUCCUCUCUUUUCGUUUUGUUCCAUAAAUUUACUUGUCUUUCAUUAGUUAGUGAUCUGUAUUUAAAAAGAAACACACACACACACAUUAUACAUACCUAAUUAUUUAUUUAUUUAUUUAUUUAAACAACUAUAAACUCAAUGAUUAAUAUUUGUGUAUGCUCAUCCUGUACACUAAAUGUAGUUUCUUUUCUUUCUGUGAAUUCAUCUUAGUUUGAUUACAAAACAAACAAACAACAAUAACUCAAUUACACCAUUACAUGUGAACCAUUUAUCCAAAAUCUAUACUACUGUUACCAUGAUUAGUAGUAGUAGUACUACACUACUACUACUUUGGACAAUUGAUCAACCUGACAAUUAGAAACAAAACACUAAUAUUGAUCAUGAUAAUGAAAUGAAAUGGACUAUUAAAAAUAACCUAUACUGUGAAUAAUAAAUAGACACCAAAAUAAAAUGUAUCAUCACAAUUGGUUAUCAUGAAUUGUUGAUUAGGUCUUCUUUUUCUUCUUCUUCUUCUUCUUCUU